UCCUCGCGCGUCGAAAGCGUCACCACUAAUAGACUUUAAAUGGGGCAACAACAUCAGAAGGUCGGCAACGGUGAUCAAAGGAGUAAACCGGUGCAGAAGUGGACUUUGGGUGACCAUGAAAGUGUGCAGGUGGUGCUGAAGGUGGAGAAGCAGAGAAGCUAGCUCGCUGGUGCCGCUCGGCUGAAGUUUGGACGUAAACAAAGCGCGGUUCUGCCGAACUGUCACUGUCAUGGGCGUAAAUAAAGCCAGGCUGACAGCCGGCUUCAUCGUGGCGGGUGUGUUGAUGGUGUUUUUCGGAACCGUUCUGGUUUUUGUGGGUCCGAUCAUCAUCGACGACCAGGUGGAGAAGAACACGAUGAUCGACCCGAAGAACGACAUGUCCUACACCAUGUGGAAGGACCUGCCCGUGCCCUUCUUCAUGUCUGUCUACUUCUUCAACGUCCUGAACCCUGAGGAGGUCCUGAAAGGAGAGAAGCCCAUGGUGGAGCAGAGGGGCCCCUAUGUGUACAGGAAGCGCUGCCAGAAAGAGAACAUCACGUUUCACCCCAACUACACAGUGUCCUACAGAGAAUACCGGACCUACUACUUCGAGCCGUCCAUGUCUGUGGGGAACGAGUCUGACCUGGUCACGGUUCCCAACAUGCUGGUUCUGAGUGCCGCCGUGAUGAUGGAGAACCUGCCCUACGCCCUGCGUCUGCUGAUCAGCGCCACCUUCAAGACCUUCAAAGAGGGUCCCUUCCUGACCAAGACGGUGGGGGAGCUGAUGUGGGGCUAUGACAGCAAACUGGUGGACUUCCUAAACCAGUACUUGCCCGGCAUGCUUCCCUCCUCCGGGAAGUUUGGACUCUUCGCCGAGUUCAAUAACUCCAACACCGGCCUGUUCACCAUCAACACGGGGAAAGACGACAUCAGGAAGGUCCACAGAGUCGACUCCUGGAACGGUUUGACCCAGCUGAGCUACUGGAGGACCCCCCAGUGCAACAUGAUCAACGGCACAGCCGGACAGAUGUGGCCUCCCUUCAUGACCAAAGAGAGCACCUUACCCUUCUACAGCCCCGACGCCUGCAGAUCCUUGGAGCUGGUUUACCAGCGCACAGGCGAGAUGCUGGGGAUCCCCCUGUAUAGGUUCGUGGCGCCAAGGACCAUGUUUGCCAACGGGUCGCAGUACGAGCCCAACCAGGGGUUCUGCCCCUGCAGGCAGUCGGGUCUUCUGAACGUCAGCAGCUGCCGCCACAACUCUCCGGUCUUCAUCUCCCAUCCCCACUUCUUCAACGCCGACCCAGUGCUGCAGGACUACGUGCUGGGUCUGAAUCCCACCGAGGAGGAACACGGCCUCUUCAUCGACAUCCACCCGCUGACGGGCGUUCCUCUGAACGUGUCCAUCCGCCUGCAGCUCAACCUCUACAUUAAAAGCGUUUCAGGAAUCACUGAAACUGGUAAGAUUUCUGAGGUGGUGAUGCCGCUGCUGUGGUUCGAGGAGAGCGGCUACAUCGAUGGACCGGUCCUCAACACGUUCCGCACCAACCUGGUGGUCCUCCCGACCGUCAUGGAGUACAUGCAGUACCUCCUCAUCGCGCUCGGCCUCGUCACCGUCGUCGUGGCGUCCGUGGUCCAUCACAAAGUGAAGAGGUCUUCCAACCCCGUGGAGGUCUUCAGUGUCACGGAAAACCCCGGGGCCUCGGCUCACGGGCAGGUAAAGGGCACUCACGGCUAUGACACUCGGGAGAAAAGUUUGAGUGCUGCAGAGAAAUGAGGCUGACGGCGCCUCCAGCCGACGCUCUGGGACAGACGAGCGGACCCCUCUGCUGCAGGACGACACAAACACAGCCAGCUGAUGGACACGUCUUGAAGAAACGCCAUUUUUAAGGAAAAGCGGAGCUCGCCUUUUAGAUGUUUGCAGACUUUCCUGGUCGUGUCAUUUCAGGUGGAAAACGUGAUUUCACUUUCAUUUUAGACAAAUGUUGCUUUUAACAAGGGAGACAUCAAAUCAUUGCCAAAGAGUCAGUAUCUUCCGCCGCGGUGCCUUCAGGGGAGUCGACGUUUGUCCGAACUCCAGCAUGUUUGUAAAUAUUUCACACUCCCAAUUUUAGAGGCGGAGCCACUGCUGUUUGUUUACUGCGGCGUUCAGCCGUCCGUGGAAAUGCAUGUUUGGUGUUGCACACCUACUCGCUGUAAAACGAUAAAGAAGCGGAAGUUUAAACGAAACCCGUUUGAGUGUCUUUUAUACGGAGGCGGGCUUCUGGGUCCUCUACCUUCAGCUCAGACUCUGACUCAUCUGGAGGCUCCGCCCACUCAAUUGUUUCCUUGAAAAUGACUGUUUUUAAGUCUACGGCGCUGAAAUGGCGUCUUCCACAGACGUCUGGAUCCAUAUUGGAGAUAUAGGGACCAGUAUCAGCCGUGUGAGCGUCACCUUUGACCUAUGUGAAGGGCGCCGCCUUGAGUCUGAAUCUGGACGCCACAGUUUUUCAGCUUCCAGACGACUCCAGCUCCAGAAUCGACUGGAUUCUGGGACCAGAGGCAGGACUUUCAUUUUAUCCCUGUGGUGAAACAACAAUAAAGAAUCCUGAAUUGA